AUGAGGCGGCCUCACUCCUUUCAAGUCCUGACCGCCACCAAGGAUGACAUGAACACUUUGUGCCCAAGCACUGACUGGUCCUGGAAAAGCAUGCCGGCACCCUUCGCUAAGGAUGAAAAGAUCGAAUCCUACGCCCUUCACCCGGACGGACACACCAUAUUUGUGUCUUCGUACAUCAACGACAUCAACCGUGGCACCUUCUCCUUUGACACCAAGACCCGUGAGUGGAGGCGCCAUGGGGAAUGGAUGUUCCCUUUCGUGCUUGAAGGCUACUUCGACGCCGACCUAGAUGCAUGGGUUGGGCUACACCCUGAUGGCUACAUCUGCUCCUGCCAAGUUCCCUCCCUCAGCAAUAGCAGCAGCACAUUGCAGCAGCCCAACUGGAAGAUGGCCAAGGAGCACAGGAUGUGGAACCCAUACCAUCAGUUGGCUAGAGGGCGAGGGCCUACUCUCACCUACAUGGGCAACUCCAGAUUUUUCCUUGUUGAUUGUGUGGCGGCCGAUGGUUUAGAGUUCCAGGAUGCUUUUGGUGACUCUCGUGGCUGCGUGCUCAACAUGACCACGUUUCAUCUCAGGUACGAUAGUGAGGGAAAUCUGCGAAUCAAAGACAGGAACACUACCUCUUGUCGUGUGUCUAAGCAACUCUCGACGUUCUCCCCUGUGGCGUUCUGGAUGUAG